GGAGAGGGAAUAAGAGCUGAAGCCAGAAGUAGUCAAGAUUGUAAUGUCCUUGAGACUCACCAGCGAAUGGACAAAAUAUUACUGAAGAGAAUAGGAUCUUUCUCCUCAUAUGAUCCAACGAUUCAGUGUUCAGUGAGCAGCUCGCAGCGGACGCUUCAUCAGUGAAGCAAAUGUAAACUGUACUCUGGAUCAGGAUGGAGGCCUGGUAUGGAUGAAAAAAUGCUGCUGUGUGUCUUACAGCAUAUCUUGUGCAUUCUCCUCCUGUUACACUUCGUGGAAACUCAGCAUCCCCUUCAAGCCAACAUCACACUUGUGUUUGACAGCUCGGACCGAGCAGACCGCUUAUGCAGCUGCAGCUGUGCGACAGCGGUGCGCAGUUGCGAUGAAGCUCUUGCCAAUCUGAUGUGCAGCUGUGGCACUGUGUGGCGCUCAGCUCUGUCGCCUGGCACCCUGGAGGCGGAGACACUGACAGUGUGGGUGUGGCAGCCCUGGGUGCUGAGGGAGCUGCUGAACGGCAGCAGGGUUCCAGAGCUGCAGCUGUCUCUGUGUAGCCCUGUCUCAGUUCUUGAACCCUCUCAGUAUCUCACUAUUGUGGGCCUGAGGAAGCUUCAGAUCUCCAAUAAUGGAGUGCUACAGCACAAAGGAGAAAGAGUCCUGAACAUCGGACUGAACACGCAAGAUGGGAAUCUCAGAGUUGCAUUUUUAGAUUUGUGGUCACUGAACAAUCAUUUGAAGGCCUACAGUGUCAUUGGACCACCACUGCAGAUGCUUCUGCAGCAUUUUCCUUCCCUUCAGCAAGCCAGUAUAAAGAUUACUGAGAUAGAAGAGAUCCAUAAGCCAUCUAUCCUCACUUUUAUUUAUUAAAUUGAAUCUUGGAAUAAACAGAGCCUCAAGAACCAAUCAAGUUUUAUUCAGCUAAAGAACAUUGAGGAAGAGCUUCUUUCUAUACUGGACUAAUAAUAUUAUCAUGCCUGUCCAAUCAUAUUCCCUACAAACCUAUAAGGGCAUUAUGAGUAUUUUGUUUCCUCUGGGGUAUAUUUGCACAUGAGCCCAUUGCAGUGCAAUUUGGGAUUUGAUGAGUGCCCUGGAUAUUUCUUCACUUAUUUCCUCAGGCAUGGCUACAAAUCCGAAAUCCCCCCAUACCAUGCACCUUUUAGUGAACAGUGUGUGGUUUCAGACAUGUGAGAGUUUACUAUAAAGGAGCAUUUCCUCCAUUUUUAGAUUUUCUACCAACACUGCAAAAAAAAAAGGGCACUCAGAAUCACUUCCUUUUUCCUUUGAGGCUGUACAUUCAUAUAAGCACCAUUGGCAUUUUCUUGGCAGUAAUUAAUUACUGAAACAUUUGCAAUUAAGCCUUAAAUUCAUUCAGUUAUCAAGAACUUAUUCAGUUCCAAAGGUCAUGGAGUCAUAAUCAGAACUGCUUAUUUUCUUAAUUUGAACCAGAUAUAUACAUUCUUUUGAACUGCAGAUGUAAGAAAUGAUGUAGAAUCUUUAUUCCUGUGCGUCAUGAUAAGUAUAUUAUCAUACUAGCAUUGCAGAGUUUAGCAAUCAGUUAAACAUAAAACAUU